UGAGUUAACUAUAUUAGUCCGGCCCUCUAGAACCAUUCCAGUUUCUCAUCCGGCCCCUUGGGAAAAUUAAUUGCCCACCCCUGCGAUAGAUGAUAGCAGCUUGCAUCUCAUGAAUAUAAAGUGACGUGGACGUAAAACAAGGCGAGAAAGAUUUCAAACGAACGGCAAGAUUACAGGAGGUGAUUUUAAAAAUAUAGGUUUCAGUUUUAGACUGGAAAGUGUGUAGAGUUUCUCUGCCUGGAGAGAAAUUUUGUCCCAUGCAAACUUUAAAGAUGCUUUCUGAAGAGAUAACACCAUCAAAAUCUUCAUUAAAAUAUAAUGUAAAAUAUGUUUUUAAAUCAUAGUUUCCUCCUAUCAUAUAAAUCUUUAGCAGUUAUUGUUUCUCUUGCACUGAAUUUCUUCCUUGAAGCCUCUCCGUCAGAUUCGGAGCUUCAGUAUGACAACGAACACUGAUUAUUGCUCUUCACGGAGCCUCGGGAAACCGUUAGGUCAGGUUUCUUUGUCCAGUCAAAGGGUAGACUACUCCAGAAAAGAAUAAAUACAAGCCAAAGGGAAAUUUACUACUAAUUUAAUUUAAUACUGAGUUUUCUCUCGAUCCUACUUUUAUUCCCAAGUCGUGAGGCGUACGUCCACGUGACAGAAGGAGGAUUUGAAACGGAUUGAAAACAAUGGACUAUAAUUACAGUAAUAAGUUUAAAUUGGUAGCUAUAAAUAACGAGUUUUAAUUUUAUAAAAAAAAAUAUGGACCAAGAACGGCUAACAGCAACUGAAAGACUAGCGUGAGCAGUGUGCAGUCAUGAAGCUACAACGGUGAGUGCAAGACAAAACAUAAGACAGCUUUAUAUUUCAUUUCGGUUAGUGAUUAAUGAUAUCUCUGUUUCCGUUACUUUUUGUGGUAUUAUAUUACUAUGUAUUAUUUUAACUGUCAAUUUCAACCGAACAUAGCAACAAUGAAUAUGUUUAAACUUCCUCUAGGAUUUUCAAAGCACUUUUCAAAUGUCUCGCCAAAAGAUGCAGCCCGACCCUUUCAGACAAGUGGCGACGGGUUGGAAAAAGUUAUGGGGCAGCUUGUUCAGGUAAAUACUUCUCUUCCUGUGACAAAGUGUGGGUUCGAGACUUGAAAUGUUUCGUGGUUAUUGGAGUAAAUUUGCGAUCACUAAACCUGUGCAUGAAAUCAGGUUGAAUGGCAAAAUAAAGUUAUGUUUGGCGGGAAAUUGAAAACAAUUUUAUAGGUGGCUCUGAGGACAGAAAGUACACUUGUGCUUGUUUUGCAUCUCUUGUUGUCUUUCACUCUCAGCAUCUAUUUUACUUAUUUGUGUCUGGAAGAAUUUAUAAAUAACAAGUCUGUUAACCUGAUGGAUACAUUCAAACUUCAAAAUAUGCAGAAAAAUGUCAGAGCUCGCUGAAGUGCAUGAAUAUUGUCAGGAACUCAUGGAAUGGACUGUUAGGAUAACGGCAUUAUGCUCUUACGUUAAUCAAGAACUUCAUUACAUAUUUAUUAAGCAAGAAUGUUGACAUGUGAUUACCUGUAUCUCAUUUAUAGAAAUUAGUUAUUGGCUUAAUAUUUAAAACAGAAGAGAACCAAAUACAGCUUUCUAUAAACAUAUUUGUGGUUUUGAAGUUUACAUAGAGAUGACGAGCUCUGAGAGCUGUUCCAGUUUUCUAAACUGUCAACAAACCUUUGAAGUUAUGUCGGGUAUCACAAUACAAGAAACGUCGGCAGACGAAACUAUUUCACUGGCGAACGCAGAAAAAGCGCCUCUUCCCUUACCAAUCCAGGCUGGUGGUGUAAAUUACUGAUUUCUGGACAAAGGUGCAUGGAAGAGAAGGCUGAUUUCUGUUUCCUGAAUUCAACACAAAGGAAACAAGCAGCGGCUUUAAAGACUACACUUGAUGAGCUAUGUGAAGACACUGACGCUGGACAUAACUGCAGCAUGCUUCUUCACUCCUGCAAUUCAUCUCUAAAGUCAGAUGUACAUUUUGGUGUCCGAAUCCGCCAGUCAAUCCGUUUAGUCCAGUGUCAUGUCAUUGAAUCUCUGGAAAAUACGUGCACUUCCUUUCAGAAUCUGAGCACUUGUGUCAACAAUACUUUGUUUAUUAAACUGUGUGAGGACGAUCAUGAAACCAGAAGUGAACUAAUGAGCCUUAAAGAGUCUUACACGGACCCUUGUUCAAAAGACAACCUGUGUGCAGUGGAGCUCGUGAAGUGCGCGUGUACUGCCGACCUCCUGGACGCCGACAACAUGUGCAAGAACAUUAACACUUACAGGGACUGCGCAGGGGCAAUAAACUACUGUGAUAAAGAUACAAAAGAAUGGCAGUCACUAAGCAUUACAUUUAAAAUGACCGAAGGAGCGUGCUUAACAGAGUGUCCCGGUGCUUUUUCUUGUUGGAUGGAUGCUCAAGAGCAGGGAGACUACCUCUUUGAAAGACUGUAUUCUGCUGUUGAGGAAUUGACUAGCCAUUCCUGCAGGAUUCUAGUGCCGCGGUUCCAGUGUCUCUCUAGAAACACCAGUUCAUGUAGUGACAGCCUCAGUCACAAAUGGCAGAGAGUUGUAAAAAGCUACGAGGCGGUUUGUACAGUUUUUGAGCAAAACACGACCAAGACUUCGUCCUGUCCAAAUGUCAGGACGUGUGUUUACAAAGCACAGCUGGUGCAGGGGGUCAGUCUUGGUGACUUGGAGACACUGGUCUCUGUCUCGCUUUCCGCUGCAGAAGUCGGAGCGGCCAUACUUACUCCCAGUACAUGGUGCAGAAUUCUAAUCCAUGCCACCGAGUGUUUGGCACAAGAGGCCGAAGCCUGUUUAUUGACAACAAUAAAGGAAAACCUUGCCGCUGCCAAUGCCACAGUGAGAAACUUAUGCAAAGAGCAAGUCAGCAAGUUCUGUCAAGCGAAACCGGAAUUUUUUUUUAGUUGAUGCCUGGGAUGAGUAAUAGAAUCUACAUGUUCU